ACAUCAUCUUUGCGUCACAGCUGCGCCAUCAAAACAGAAAGUAGCUUUCAUAUUUAGCUCUUUUACACUUGUCAUUUGCUUAUUAAUGAAGAAGGUUAUGUUUUAUCUGUUCUAAACAACAAGGAACAUUCUAGCAUUACCGACUAGACGUCAUGGCACUGCGGGCAUGUGGAUUUGUCAUUUUUCGGCGUUUGGCCCAGCACCCUCCCCCUGAUAAUAUAGAGUUCCUGCUGCUGCAGACAUCGUAUGGAGAACACCACUGGACACCACCCAAAGGUCAUGUUGACCCUGGAGAGGACGACUUGACCACCGCCUUGAGAGAAACACAGGAAGAAGCAGGUUUAGGUAAAGAUCACUUGCGUAUUGUCGAUGGUUUCCUGCAGAGGUUGCGCUAUCAGGUCCGGGGAAAGGACAAAGAAGUCCUCUACUGGUUGGCAGAGCUCUGUGACCCAAACACACAGGUCAUUCUCUCAGAAGAACACCAGGAUUACCGUUGGGCAAAACUAGAGGAAGCCUGCAAGAUGGCAAAAUACCAGGACUUACAGGACACACUUACAGCAGCACAGCGGCAUCUAGAAACACAAGGCAAACAGUAACAUUUUACACUUGGAUUUGAUAUUUAGACACUGAUGGUGUUGAGUAAAUGCAUUCAUCUUUGUAAAAUUGUUAUAGUGAAAAUGAUAUAUGUGUAAAGAGAUAUUUGACAUGACAUCCGUCCCUUUUGCUCCCAAGCUUUUUAGAUCUCUACUUGCUAAGCUGAAUUUAAUUUGAACUCAUAUUAAAUUGCUCCAACAUAGUUAAAAAUGUUAAGAUAAACUCACAACCACUAAAUCUCCACCAACAAACAAAACAAAGCUGACAUUCAUUUGAAGAAUGUUCAGGGACACGUUUUUAUCCGAAUCAAGUGAUA